AUGUCGUCGAUUGCGAGUAGUGUAUCGGAAAAUACGAUCAAACUCGAUUAUCUCGGCUCGCCCGUAUCUCAUAAUGUUCGACCAUAUUCAACUAUACAUAGCGAUAUUGAUACAAAAUCUGUUGGUUCAAAAUCAGUUGGUUCACGUACUUCAAAAUUAACUUAUAGCGAAUAUCCACAAGUAAGACCAACUAAUCCACUCUAUUCGAGUACAUUUACAAUUCGAACAUUUUCAUCGGGUAUUUCAAAUGCAUCAAGUACAGCAACAGUUGUUGAACGUCGAAAAAAAUUUGAUCCACAAUUACCAAAACGUCCGAAUGAUUGGCGUUGGUUUUCUGUUCUGUGUAUUUUUCUUUUUCCACCAACAGGUAUCAUUGCAUUCGGCUUGGCUCGUAAAGCACAAAUUAAAUGUAAAGAUGGUUUUCUUGAUGAAUCACGUAAAUUAAAUAAACGUGCACUGGCUUUAUGCAUUAUAAGUGUGAUUUGUGGUGUUGCUCUUAUACUUGGUUUCUUCUAUGCCAUGGAUUCAUGGCCUCGUUCAAAUGGUUAG